ACGAGUCAUUCCAUUCUACGCUCUAUUCGAUUAGCUGCGGCUCCGGUCCUCCUCCACUGGGAAUUUCAUGGCUCAAUCAAGUUCGGAAGAAUCCGACUUGUUCUCCAUAUUCACUGAUUUAUUUUUUGAAAAAGCAAAAGCAAAAGCAAAACCAAAACCACAAUCCCAACCAAAACCACCACCACAACCAAAACCGAAGAGUACUCCUAGUCAACGUCAGGAUGAGCUUGUGAAGAAAUUUCCAGGGUCAAAGAUUAUUCGUCGUCCAAAUCCAAUGGAAGAAGCCGAUGAUUCAACUUACAUUAAAUUUCCAGAACAUGACUGCGGGAAUUAUAUGGAAAGAUUCUAUGAGGUAACUUCAGAACUGCUGUUUACUACUGAAACAACUUUUUAAAUAAUGGUAAACUUGGUCUAACUAAUAUGGUGGUGAUCUCUCCGCAUUAACUAGACCCAAACUAUAUUAAGAGGAAUGGACUAAAAGUUCAAUACCUCAACUCUUCCGAAUGAGGAAAGAGAGCUUUAAGGCUUUGAGCAACGUCUCAAUUUAUACUUGUAAAUUGUAAUUCAUCCAUAUAGAAGAGUUGGAACACUCAGAGCCAUGAAAUAAAGAUGAAUAAGAGGAUCAAGUUCAAGAUCUACAUUGUGUGGUAUUGAAGUUUAUUACCCUGCAGAUAAGUUAAAGAUUUAAUAAUUCUACUUGAUUUCUGGAUUCAAACUUUGGAGGGUUUCUAAAUUAGUAGUAGCAGACAAUUAGAGAAGUAAAUUUGGAUAGAAGAGAAAUGCUGAGCUCCCUCCCUACUUACUUGUGAAUCAACUGAUGCAGAAAGGGCCUUCUGAUUGGGGGUUUUUCGAAUUUCGGUAGAACUUGUAUUGUGAGGAUGCAUUUGCUGUUUAUAUUGAUUCAGGAUCUUUAUAUUAAACAUUGUUCAGAUUCUUUUUACUU